CGGGAAGCACGUGAGUUGGAAAAACGGCAAAUAUUUGCUUGCUUAAGAUAUAGUCUUUUAGUUGUAAGUCAUAAGUUUUAGAACUGUUGAUCAUAUAACAGGAGUUAGUCAAUUAUGUUUUAAAGACCCAGAUCUCUCUAGCUCACUUAAAUUAAAAAGAUCCAAAUGCAUAAGUAUGAUUAAAAAUGUGCUGGCUCCUGUUAUUAAAGACGAAAUAAUUUCAGAAUUGGAAAAUAAACUAUUUUCUAUUUUAUUUUAUGAGAGUACAGACCUGAGCAAUACAAGACUACUAUGCAUUCUUGUAAGGUAUAUUCAUAAAAAUUCAAUUAAAACCCAUUUAUUAGAUAUAAUUAAAAUAAACGCAGAUGAAGGUACCGCCAAAGGUUUAUAUUCUCUUUUUAAAAAAUGCGUUAUAUCCAAUCAAGUAAAAAUUACCAAUAUUGUUGGAUACUGUUCAGACAACGCUAGUGCUAUGAUGGGCAAUAACGAAUCUUUCAAAACUUAUCUUUUAAAAGAUAAUCCUAAUAUAAUUGUCAAUGGCUGCAUUUGCCAAUCUGCUCAUUUAGUGGCGGUGGCGGCAGCUGAAAAGAUUCCAAGCAACGUUGAAUCUCUUUUACAAAACUUAUAUAAUCUUACUUCUCAAGAAGCUCAAAAAGGCAAUGUGUUCUUGAAGAAUUACAGGAAUAUUUCAAAAAGUCAAAAUUAA